AUGGAGUCAGCACCACCACAAACGCCGCCGUCUGAUUCAAUGAUUUGUGGGAUUUUGUACAAGUGGGUCAACUAUGGCAAAGGGUGGAGGGCGCGGUGGUUUGUGUUGCAGGAUGGGGUCCUCAGUUUCUUCAAAAUUCAUGGGCCAAAUAAAAUUGUCGUCAAUCAAGAGACUGAGAAGGGAUCAAGAGUAAUUGGAGAAGAAUCCAUGAAGCUGAUGUUACGUAACCACAAGAAUGGCAGUAAGCAUUCAUCUUCCAAAACCUGGAAUGCCGUUGGUGAAAUCCAUUUAAAGGUCUCAUCUAUUCGAGAAAGCCAAUCGGAUGGUAAGAGGUUUUCCAUUUAUACAGGAACGAAGAGAUUGCAUCUGAAGGCAGAAUGCAGAGAGGACAGAAUGGCAUGGAUAGAAGCAUUGCAGGCUGUGAAGGACAAGUUCCCAAGAAUUUCCAACAGCGAGUUAAUGGCUCCAGUGGACAAUUUGGCUGUCUCGACUGAAAAGUUGAGGCAACGAUUGUUAGAAGAAGGGUUGAGUGAGGUUGCUAUUCAAGACAGUGAGCAGAUCAUGAAGGAUGAGUUUACGUCUAUGCAGAAUCAAUUGUUGCUGUUGAAGCAGAAGCAAUGUCUCCUCAUGGACAAGGUGCGACAGUUAGAGGUACAUGUUGUGAUUCGUAGAUUAACUCUUGGAUCCCUAAAUUCUUCUUCAGUUUCUUCUCUAAAUAAUUCUGCGCGCCAAAGUACUAUCAGCCUUCCCUAG